AGUGAGGUGUAGGACGCUGCCUGCUGGAGUCACCUGAUCGAAGAUGGAAGGGAGGGCUGUCAUCCUUUUGCUGUGCUCCCUAUUUUGUGGAGUUUUAGCCAAAGACCACGUUCCUGUCUUGAUAUGGAACCCCAGCCAGAAUCAGGAAAGUGUGCGCGCCGUCUCUGCACUGCAGACCCUUGACUACGCCACCUUCCAGUCCAAGUACCUCUCUGAGUUUCAGCCCAAGAAUGUACUCCUCUUUAUCCAAGAUGCGCUGAGCGUGGAGGACUUGUCGAGCCACACCACAGAGUUCCAGCCCUUGAAGAAGUGGAUGACCAACAGCCACUACCUCUACCUGCCCAAAGUGGAGGAUCCCGCCCACCUGGCUCACGACCUUCCCUCCCGUGGCUACAACGUGGUGACCCUGGAGCCUGGGGUGCCUGCUGCUGGCCUGGACUUGAAGCAGCAGGACAACAACCUGGUGGUGGUGAAGCUUCCCUCCACCCUCACCAACCCCAGCAGGAGCCAUGCACUCCAGAAAGCAGUUGAAGUGAUGCAGAAUGUCAUCUCCAAGGUCGGUGCCAAGAGGGAGUUCACCUUCAUCUUCACGGGCCUCAAGCCAUCUGUGGAGGACAACAGCGAGAAGUACGAGGAGCGGCUGCGUGUGCGUCGCGCCGCCGGUCAAAUUCCACAGGAGCGAGGGUUCCACAGUGAAAGCUGUGUCAUGCUUUACUUCAAAAUGAACUUCACCCUCACCAUCAUGGACAACACAACAGAGGGACAAAUUGUUGAAGUCAUUGAUGACCAGCCCUCAACUGACACUGGUCACUGCGACGACCCUUCGACCCCAGACAGGACAGCCCAGAUCAAUAUGAAGUUCACGGGGCAUAUGGAACACUUCACCAAACUGAUAUUAACAUUUAACUUCAAGGCUACCAGCAGCUCAUGGUCAUUUACUGAUGUUGAUGUUCUCCUGAAUAACUCUGCUAAACAGUACAACUUGGGGGUGGUAAGCCCUGCUAUCACGGGUAUCCCCAUCGGUAUGUCCUACUCUUGUUCCGAGAAUAUUUACAUUUCAACAAACGGCAGCACUCCUGGCAAGAUGAUGAUUGUAUCAAUGGCAGGUGUUCAGAUGGAAGCCUUCCAUGAUUCUGCUGCUGGCAACAGCACCUUCGGUCCAGCCUGGGACUGUGUAGGGUUCUUCACGGUGCCCAUCUGGGUCAGUCUGCUCACCACACUGCUGCUGCUCAUCAUCCUCACCACUGGCCUCUACAUGCUCAGUGAUAUCAAGACAAUGGAUCGCUUUGACGACCCCAAGGGACAGCCUAUCAUGAUCCCGGUCUCAGACUAAGUCUUGUACUUCAUCAAGCUUUGUCUUCGAGUAAGUCUUGUGCAUCAUCAAGAUGUAGCGCAUCACAGUAAGUGUUUCCAAAAUUAUUGGCCUUAGUGUUGUAAUCAUUGGCCAUACCUGAGUUUCCAUUGUAACUCAUAGGAAUUUGUUUAACAUCUUGCAGCUCAUGUAAAAACUAUACAUUCAAAACAAGGGGAGCACACUUAAGAUGUCACUUAUUGAAUUAACUGUGAUGUAUGCCAAUGGUUAGCUGACAAAUUAAACGUGGAAAAUUGUCAAUGCAACUGAUUUUUCAUGUACGUACUUACUUCUCUGAAAUAUUACACCCUAAAAUAUUCUGAAUGAAAUCAUAAUCUUUACCCAGAGGAGUGGAUUAAAACUACAUACUGGGUGGGCAGUUUUACAACACAGCACAAGGCAGCUGUUUGUGGGAGUUUGCAGACUCUUGUAAGCCAAGCCAGGCUGCCUGGCCAUAGCUACUAAGCCUUAGGAUAAUUUAAUUUCCUUUUCAUAGGGUUUUUUGAAAGAUCAUCAGUUAGUAAUGUUUUGAGGGAUGAUCUGGUCCCAGGGUUGUGACUACUCACAUCCAUUGACUUAAGAAGGACUAGUGAAUAAUUAGUGAAAUUCCUCUGUAAAGAAUUUUAAUGAUGGUUGGCAGUAACAGCUGACUUUGUAACAUGUCCUUGCCUAAGAGAAUACUCCGGUGCUGCCAUAAUUAGUGAUGGCGACAGCUGCCCUGUUUGAUCAGUGGUAACUUUUAAGGAUCAAAUUGUCUGCUUUAACAAGUAUUACCACAGCCACAGUAACUGUUGUGUAAUGAACAAAUGACUGUCGUCAGACACUUGAUGCACCCAUUUUAGAGGGUAUAAAAACAAACUUUCAGCCGUUUUCUUUUCUUUUGUCAUUCUGUACAAGUUUUAUUCACGAACCAAAGGGAAUACAUAAUUUCAUGUACAUGAGCUUUUCAAAAGAUGAGUUGUUUCUCCCUUCUUUGCAAGGGAGUCAGCAUUCAAAUGUUUUAGUAAAAAUAAUAGUCCACUUAGAAGGAGAACAUUUGUAUUAAAUGUACUAACCAACAGAAUGAGGUUUUGAAAUGUACUAGCACAAAUGACGGUACUGAAAUAUGAAAGCAACAGUCACAUAUUUUCCUCCAAUUACUUCAGCCUCCAUGUUGUAAAUUAAAAAAAUGUAUCAUAUUAUUUAAAUCCCAUUGUGGUGUUGUGUGUGUAUCAGAAAUGUUGAAUAUUAGAUAUUUAUUGGAAUGUGUUGUGGGAUAUUUGUGUCACAAGUCAGUGUUUCCCAUUUUAAGUAACAGACAUUCCAGGUAUUCAUGUGACCAAACAGUUCCCAAUAUUUACAUAGUCGUCUUAUAUUUAAGAAGUACCCAAAUGUAUAUGCACUCUUGUUUUUGUAGCCAAUUCUCUACAGGUAGCAAACUAUUCAAAUCAUACAUAAUUUCAUAAGUAUGUAUACUCCUUGUCAGUCUGGUGGCUACCGAUGUAUGUUUAUUAGUAACUAUGGCUUUCCUUUGGUAGUAACUCACUGGUAAUCAAUGUAUACACCGAAGACUUGCAAGCAUUUGGGUAGUUCUUAUUUUAUGUAUCAUAUGUACAGUGGUAAGAAAUAUAUGGUGUUGUUAAAAUCA